AGCAAACUGUAUGGGUAAUGAUGAAUGUCCAUUGACAUUAGAUGAUGCUGGCGGCGUUUUAGGACAUGCAUACUUUCCUGACUCUAGCGGCACCUGUAGAGAAAUCCAUUUAGAUAUAAAUGAACACUGGUAUUUUGGAAAUAAUCCUAAUAUACCCAAAAAUCAAACUAGUUUUCUUAUGGUGUUGGUUCAUGAAAUUGGACAUGCUCUCGGCAUAGCACAUAGUGCUUCUCCGAAUGCUAUUAUGUUUGCCUUCUAUCAGCAUGAGAUUCGUGGUCUAGAUGUUGAUGAUAUAAAUGCAGUACAAUAUCUAUAUGGAAGAAAAAACAAAUAUGAUUCAAUCCCAACGUCUACCACCGCAUCAGCAAUACCAAAAACAACAACAACAACUAUAAGAUCUACAACUCGAUUUACUGAAGUUGUUACAUCCCGCAGAAUAUCGUUAUUGCCAGAGUUACUGUCAGACUUGAUUAGCAAGACAGAAGACCUGUUCGGUAUUUUUUUGACUGCAUCGCUAAAGCUUAGCGUUGAGGAAGCAGUUGAUCUCGAAGGUUCUGUCUUCAGCAAUCAUCCAACACCGAGGUUUAUUUCUCGAGGUAGCACAUUCAAAGUCGUGACUGGGGACACCGUUGUACUGCCUUGCGAAAUACAAAAUUUAGGCAAACUCAGUUUCAAAAAUAACAAUCAACACGAUUCGCGGAUGAGACUGGACAAAUCGGGAAGUUAUCACACAGGUGUAUCGCAGCAACUCAAAGCUUCAUUUGAAAUAGCAAAGCAAAAGAAACCUCAUAUUAUCGGUGAAGAAUUAAUAAAACCAUAUUUCCUAAAAGCCACGCAGAUAAUUUUAGGAGAAGAUGCAGAGCAAAAAGUGAAGUCUAUUUCUCUUUCGAAUAACACAGUCAAGCGUAGAAUCGAUGUCAUUGGAGCAGACAUAAAGUCACAAGUACGAGGAGAAUGGAUUAAACAAAGUAACAUCGACACUGUAGCCAACAAAAAGGAGGUUAUUGCGGCAAUGUAUAGCAAAGUUAAGAAGAUGGGAGUACGAGCUGGGCUCAGAAAUAGGAGAAAACAUGACAAUGCAAGUUACAUUAGGGGACAAUUAUUUUGGAAAGGUACAGAAGGUUGUUUAUUCAGGAACCAUUAUAACAAGUUCGAAUCAAAUUAG